GAGAUGUUCCUGAUUCAAUCGCUAAACUGGGACGUCAUAAUUACCACAGCUUACGACUUCAUUGACGUCAUGUUACAUAGACUUCCGGUAAAUGUUUGUUACCAUUCUCUGGUUUCUAGACAUGCCCAGACUUUCGUCUCUCUCUGUGCUACUGAGCACUACUUUCUCAUGUACCCUCCAUCCGUAUUGGCUGCUGCCACGCUGCUAGCCAGUAUCACCGGCCUGAUUGGUCAGUUACCGGCCAAUAAGGAAGAGGUCGAAAAAACGUUACAUUGCAUAACUCAAAUCGACAUCGUGAGUUUUGAUUGUAUAAAGGCCUGUCAGGAGCAAAUAGAGUUACUUUGUAGUCACAACAUCUCCAGCCAGUUUCUGAUCGAAGAACCACAAUCUCCACCCCCUCAACCACCACCACCACCAAUCACACCACCGAACUACGCCAUGAAAUCGUCCUCCAGUCACAUCAAAGUACACCACAGCGAUCAGCCAAUCACAUCUUCUUCCACGCCAACUGACGUCACAGAUGUUCAAUUAGAUUGA